CCCGACCAGCUAGGCUCGCAGCUGCGGGCUGGGGGCGCCCUGGGCUGCCAUAAAGUGAAUGGGCGCCGGCGGGGGGUGGCAGUUCGCGGCGAGUCUCACGCUCUCCCUGAGCUCCUCAGUCCGGGAGCGCCCGAGCGGAGCGGCGGCCCGGGCGCAGGGGGGCAGCCCCCAUCCAGGCCGGGUGUCCGGCCCCUGGCCUUUGCCUGCCCUCCAGACUACGGCCGCCGCCGCCACCGCCGCUGCCGGGAGUCUGCCUGCUGCGGGACUCACUAGUCUCCUCUCCAUGGAGUUCGGCCUGCUCAGCGAGGCGGAGGCCCGGAGCCCGGCCCUAUCACUGUCAGACGCGGGUACUCCCCACCCCUCACUCCCAGAACACGGCUGCAAGGGCCAAGAACACAGUGACUCGGAGAAGGCCUCGGCUUCGCUGCCCGGCGGCUCCCCAGAAGACGGCUCGCUGAAGAAGAAGCAGCGGCGGCAGCGCACGCACUUCACCAGCCAGCAGCUGCAGGAGCUGGAGGCCACCUUCCAGAGGAACCGCUACCCCGACAUGAGCACGCGCGAGGAGAUCGCCGUGUGGACUAACCUCACCGAGGCCCGCGUGCGGGUGUGGUUCAAGAACCGGCGCGCCAAGUGGCGGAAGCGCGAGCGCAGCCAGCAGGCGGAGCUGUGCAAGGGCGGCUUCGCGGCGCCGCUCGGGGGGCUGGUGCCGCCCUACGAAGAAGUGUACCCCGGCUACUCGUACGGCAACUGGCCACCCAAGGCGCUCGGCCCGCCGCUCGCCGCCAAGACCUUCCCGUUCGCCUUCAACUCGGUCAACGUGGGGCCUCUGGCUUCGCAGCCCGUCUUCUCGCCACCCAGCUCCAUCGCCGCCUCCAUGGUGCCCUCGGCCACGGCCGCCCCGGGCACUGUGCCGGGGCCCGGGGCCCUGCAAGGCCUGGGCGGGGGGCCCCCUGGGCUGGCUCCAGCCUCCGUGUCCUCCGGAGCAGUGUCCUGCCCUUAUGCCUCCGCCGCCGCCGCCGCCGCCGCUGCAGCCGCCUCCUCGCCCUACGUCUAUCGGGACCCGUGUAACUCCAGUCUGGCCAGCUUGCGGCUCAAGGCCAAACAGCACGCCUCCUUCAGCUACCCCGCGGUACCCGGGCCGCCCCCGGCAGCCAACCUCAGUCCAUGUCAGUACGCCGUGGAGCGGCCCGUAUGAGUGCCGAGCGGGUCUGCCAGCCCCGAGGACGGGGUCGGUCAUUCAUCGCCUCCCCGGGCUGGGGUGGUCUGGAUGGGCCAGGGAUGCCGGGGGCAGCUGGGGGAGGGAGGCGGUGGCCAGCUCCAGAGAGAGCCUUCCCACUCCCAGCCCCGAGGGGUGGACGGGGCCCUACCCACAGUCCACGCCCCUGGGACUAAGGCCAGGCACAGGGACCAGUUCCCCGGGGGCCAACUCACCCUUGGCCCGCCCCGCCUUCUCCAGACUCCUCCUCUCCCAUUUAUCAUUUUCAAAGAUAAAUGAAAUAAACGUGCGCGGACCGUGAAAGGCCUGAUGACUCGGAGUUGCAGUUGAGCCCUUUCGCCUCAUCCUCCCCCAGGUCCAAAACAGAACUGGGUGUUCAGGAAGAGGUGAGGGUCCACGUUUCUAGGGCUUCGGUUCCCCUCCGCCGCUAACACCAGGCUGGGGAAGCCAAGGAGCAGAGGAGGGGCGCGCGUGCUGGCGUGUCUGUGUGGAUGGCUGGGGGGACCAGCCAUUGGCGGGCGUUGGCUAAAGUUGGUGCUGCGGCGCCACCUUGCGGUCGUAUGGAGGAUAACUGGGAGAUCUGGUCUGUCACACUUGCAGGUGUCACUUCUGCAACUUAGGAAGCCUACGAACCUUAGAGAAGUUACUCCGCCUUUCUGCACCUGUUUCUCACUGUUCCAAUGAGGGGCUUGGGCCUCUAACAGCAAUAAAAUUCUGGUCUGUAACAGACAUUUAUUAAGUGCCUACCAAA